UCCCCUCUCUGGUGAAAAUCAUUCCACUACGUCAAGUCGUCCCGUCCGCUCGGUGAAGAUGUCUGCGACGGGUACAGGCGGCUGUGGACCCGGACCCGGACCCACCUCGGGCACCGGGUCCGGGGCUUCAAACCCCCGAAAGUUUAGCGAGAAGAUAGCGCUGCACACCCAGCGGCAGGCCGAGGAGACAGCCGCCUUCCAGGAGGUUAUGAUGGACAUCACCUCGACCAGGCUUCAGGCUCAGAAGCUCCGUCUGGCCCGGAGUCAGGGUCCGUACUACGGCGGCUCGCUACCCAACGUCAACCAGAUCGGCAGGAACCCGCAGGACUUCCAGGGCUCCUUCCCCUCCACUCUGGAGUCCAACCGGUCGACUCGGCAUCACGGUCUGGUGGAGCGAGUCCAGAGGGACCGGCGUUUCAUCUCGCCGGGCCGACCGUACCGCAACCGACAAGUGGACAGCUCGCCGUACAACUCUGCCUACCUGUCCCCGCCCCCUGACCCCAGCUGGAGAAGGAAUUGGUCCGGAAACUUCCCCGGGGAUAAAAGCCAGUUGUUUCGUCUCCCCACCACUGCACUCAACAGGACCAACUCCGACUCAGCCCUCCACACCAGUGUAAUGAACCCUCCCACAGGAGACCCCUUCACCACGGGAGGACCCACCUUCACCCCCCAGAGCACCAGACGCACCGGUCAAAGCGACGGAGAGGGCAGAAGAAUGUUUCCGUACCCAGUUCCUCCCAUUGAAGAGAAUGUGUUGGACGAGGGGAAACUGCUCAAACCCUGGGACACCAAGAAGUUGCCUCUGUUGUCGUCCCGACCCAAGUCCUGUGAAGUCCCUGGCAUCAACAUCUUUACGUCCCCGGAGCAGCCGUCCACGCCGGCUCACGGCGUCCCCUCGGCUCUCAACACCGGCGGCUCGCUGCCCGACCUGUCCAGCCUCCACUUCCCCUCCCCGCUGCCCACGCCGUUGGACCAGGACGAGCCGGGCUACCCAGGAUCUUCCUCCCUGAGUGGGGGCAGCAGCACGGGGAACCUGGCCUCCACCCUCACCCAGCUGGGCAUCAACGCCGCCAACGCGACGGGGGGCAACGGCAACUUCCAUCACCACACACCAGGUCUCCUGGCGUCUCUACAGAGCACGCUCAGUAACCCCUCCCUGCAGUCGUCGCUAAGCAACCCCAACAUCCAGUCGUCGCUCAGCAGCCACUCCUUCUCCAACUCCCUGAGCUCCGCCUCCCUGCACUCGUCGCUCAGCAACCCCUCGCUGCAGUCGUCCCUCAGCUCCUCCCCCUCCCUGCCGUCCUCCCUCAGCAGCCAAUCGCUGCACUCCUCCCUCAGCAACUCCUCCCUCCAGUCGGCGUCCAGCGGUAACCCCGGCUACAGCAGCGGCGGCGGCUCCUGCUCCUCCUCCUCCUACUCGCCGCUGCUCGGCGGACAGGGUCAGCCGUCGCUCAGCACGUCGCCGCGGAGACGGGCGCAGCUGUCCCCGCUCAUCCUGCCCAUGGGAGGGGAGUCACGGAGGCAUCACUCCAAACAGUUCUCCCCCACCAUCUCCCCCACCCUGUCCUCCAUCACACAGGGCGUCCCUCUGGACACCAGCAAACUGCCCCUGGACCAGAGGCUUCCUCCGUACCCGCUCAGUCAGUCCCACCAGCACCAGCCGGGCUCCCACCAGCCUCUCCCCGGUCUGCCUGGCUCCCAGCCCGGCCAGCAGCCUCCACCUCCGCUGGGUCACCACCAACAGCUGCACCGCCUCCAGCAGCCGCGGCCCAACGCCCAACAACAACAACAGCAGCAGCAGCAGCAGCAGCAGCAGCAGCAGCAGCUCCACCUGCAGAACCUACGCAACCAGCACAUGCAGCAGCACUUUGGAACGCAACAGAGGCCGAUGGGACCGCACAUGAACACGACGAACACGUCGCUGAUAAAGAGCGAGGGCGGGUUGGAUCAGUGCGUCCAGAGCUCGUCGUCCUCUCAGUGUCAGGUCAAACAGGAAGCAGAGCAGCAGCAGCAGGUGGAGCAGCAGCAGCAGCAGCAGCGAGUCGGCGGCCUCCCGCAGCUCCAACAGAUCAGCCACAACCUGGCCACGGACCUCUACAACGAUGCCUUGUUCAACUCUCUGCUGGACGACCCGUACCUGAGUCUGCAGCUCACCGGCAAAUCCAACCAGCAGUUCACGGCUGAAAACCAGGGCGACGGUCUGUCCCUGAACCACAGCGGUCUGAGCUGCGGCAGCACCGACAAGAACCAGUUCCCCUCCAACACCCAGGGGCCCCUGGGCCUGCAGGACCCCGGAGACCAGCAGCUCCUCAACAACCAGAACCAGAACUACAGCGGCGGCGACGGACGACACAACGUGCCCAACAUCAUCCUCACAGGAGACUCUCCCCCAGGUCUGUCCAAAGAGAUCGCCAGUGCCCUGUCCCACGUCCCCGGCUUCGAGAUGGACCCCUUCUCCCUGGACGACCCGCUCAGGAUGGACCCCCUGGCUCUGGACAUGCUGGACGGCGACCUGAUGCUCGCCGACCCGGCCGUGGAGGACUCCUUCCGAUCCGACCGGUUGAAGUGAUCCCUCCCCGCCACCGCUCGGUGGGGAAAAGGAGACAGACGCCACCCGGGCGGAGGUGGAGAGGACGCCGCCCACUCACCACUCCCCCACCCACCCCCUCCCCUGCAGAGCGAGGCGAGGAUCGGAUGUAACUCGGGGAAUCUCUUCUUUGGACGUCCGGGAAGAGACGGACCUGAGGUUUGGGUCGUGUGUCGGGACGAACUGAAGGAGGGGGAGCUUUUAUCCGUCGAAGGCACUUAACUGAAAAACGCUCUUGCAAAUGCUUGAAGUCAAGAAAAAAAACCAAGUUGCUUCUCUUUUUCGGCAUUAGCUUGUACGAGUCUUAUCUGCAUGUUAAUGAAAAAUGCACUCGCAGGAAUGAAACGCUCGCGUGCCUGACGUCGGCUUCGUGUAAGAAAAAAAACAAACAAACCAGCAACUCGCUUGGAAGAUCUUGAAAAGCAUUAUGCAUCUUGACAGACCUUCUUGAGCUUUCUGACUGUUUCCUGUCGUCCUGCUCCGCCGGCAGACGUGUCGGCCAUCACUCCGCAGGAAGGACGACCUGUCGUUUGGUCUGUUUCCCUCUAAACUGCCAUGAGGCCAACGCUUUGGCUUUCUCUGCUUUAUCAGCCACUUUGACAGGAGCUUAGCCAUGACUUAGAGAUUUAUAUAUCUGGAAAAACAAAGCAGUCACAGAUGUCAAGUGUAAGAGAUUCUCCUCAGGCCUCACUGGUCUGUUCUCACCUGCAGAAAUCAGUGGAAGGUUUGAGUGUGUGUCGAGAUUAAAACCCCCCAACCUGCUGCUUCUGUUCAGGUCAUAACGUUACAGAUCAAAGCAGCUUUAAAACAUUAGAUCACGCUGUGAUCACACAGGGCGCUCGCUCAGGACCUCCAGGCUCCGACCCCGUCACUCCCCCGAGACGCUGCAGGGGUGAUUUUCAACCCUGUGGCUGAGGGAGAGAUGAGGAAGUUUCCUCAGUUUAAAAAGAGUAAAGGUCUUUUUGCAAAUGUCAAACACUCGCUCUGGAAUAUUCAGGAGCUGAAGCUCCACCACGUCUGGAUGUGUGAAUUAAUUGCUUUAGAAAAACGUCCCCCAGAGUGAAAAGGCCAGACCAGAUCGAGUCCAAGUCCAAGCAGUUCCUCUGAGAUCAGAGUCCAAGUGGAGACCAAGAUAAGUUCAGUCAUUCAGGACUGGUUCAGAAAGUAAAAUAUUUCUACUAAAGAUAAAACGAAGAGAGAGCUGAGUUUGGUCUGAGACUGAAACGAGCCGCAGGUCCAGGACGAUUUAAAAACCAUCUGACGUCCUGAGAGCGCCCCGUCUGAUCACAGACCAGCGUCACUGUUACACCUUCACCGAGCCGCGAUCUGAGGCCUGAAACGAGGAGGACAUCGUGUUUUUACGCUCCUGCGUUCUCGGCCCUGACGCGUGUCGCUCGGUGGCGGCGUGUUUCAGGCUUCAGACGGCGGCCGGUGUUUCUGAAUCUGUGGCUGUGGAUUCAGUCGUGUUUCAGCCUCGUGUGCCUGCUGUCUGUCUGUCUGUCUGUCUGUCUCUCUGUCUGUCCGUCCGUCCACAUUCCCUCUAACAGAGAGAAAUGUUUAGUGUCUUGCUGAAGAAGAAUGCGCUGACAAUACAUCGGAUGCACUUGCCUGUAGUUAUAUCUCUCUCUAUAUAUAUGUAUGGAUCGGCUGCGUUUGUAAUUGAUGAUUAUGCAUUGCAGUGGUGGAGACGAAUGUGUUGGAUGAAUCGAGCCCCGACGUCGCUCGUCUGCGCUGAAACGUUCGUACGGCGGCUUUAGUGCAGCUUCCCCUCAGGCUUUAAAGCUUUAUCGCCCUUUCAGGUCAGGAUUUUAAAGGGCAGUUCCACCAAGUCCUGAAAAAUGACGAACCCUCUGUUCACGUAAAAUAUAAAGAGUCGGAGUCAGCUUUUAAAUCCAUAAAACUCAACUCAGCUGUUUUCUAAAGUCACUCAGCAACAAUAGAAGUGUCUGACAUGGAAGGAUUAAUAAAUGAAAGCAAGAAAACAACAAAUAAAAUCAGAUCAAAUCAGUUUUAAAGAAGGAAAACAAAUAAAAUGACACUUUAAACGGUUAAAAGUAAAGGAUUAAAGACAGAUUAAUUCAGUUACAGGUCGAAUCAUGAUUGUAAUUAAUUAUAUAAAGAAGUUUUUAGAGAUGAUUGAAGGCAGACUGAGGUUUCUGCUCUGGUAAGCUGUGACAGAGGGGCUUAUGGGAAACAGUGUUCUUUAAAGGUUUCUAACAGCACAACCGGAUGUGUUUUUUUAAAACGAUUUUUAAUGAAUCUGGAAGCUUCAGUUCGACUUUUUUUAUCUUCACACACAGAAAAAUAUUGAUUAUUGAAAAUACAAUCCUGCGGCAUCAAACACGCUCAUUUAAACGCUCACUUCCUGCACCUUUGUCACCAUGAAAAUGUUGUUUAUCAAAACACGAUGAUCGUCUCCUCGCAAAAUAAAAUAACUCUAAUUUGUAAAUUCUAAAUGCAGUUUUUGGUGGCACUGCCCUUUAAUUCACCCCCACACAGUCACUGUGAUUGACAGCCCUUAGCCCCGCCCUCUCUGCCUGCACUUCCUGCGUCUGCAGCGGAGCAUACUAACGUAUUUUUGUGUAACAAAAGUUUAAACAACAAAAAAAUUAUUAAUAUUAAUAUUCUGACUUAUAAAGAAGUUUUAUUUUUUAAUCCAAAGUGGUCUAAAUCUGUAUGUAUAUAAUUUCUCAGAUGCUAUCUUUAAAAAAAACAAAAAUAAAAAAUAAAAACAGUAUAUUUAAGAUGAGAGAAGAAAAAAAAACAGCUUGUAGACGUUGGAGAGUUUUUGAACAACAGCUUGUGAAUUUAGCUGCAUGUGUCUGUGUGAGUAUUUACAUACAUGUUGUCUUGUUCCUCCACUCUGGAAAUACUGUCAUGAAUUUUCUCUUAUGGUCAGUGGCUUCAAAUCUGAAAUCUUCUUGUCUUUCUCUGUCAGAGCGUCCGGAUUUAUCAGCUGUUUUUCUUCAGUUCGUCGAGUUACUGACGGAUCAGAGGAGUCGUUCUGAUCCGAGCAGAGAAAUUGGUUUUGGUUGUGGUUUUUUUUGGUUCCUCUCAUGAAGAAAAAUCUAAAUUUUCUACCCUGAAGCUCAACUGGUAGAUGUUACACUGUGCUCUUAUUUUGAAGUGCAUUUCCUGUGAAGGUCUGGGAAGUUCUGGAAGCCAGUUUAAGGUCUGAAAAUUCUGGAAAACUCAGGAGAAGUAAAAGUUUAUUAGACGGGUUUUUAGCUUUAAUGCCGCUAAAGGUCAAAGGUCAGAGGUCUUGUUUGAUCAGGUGAAACGAUUCGUGUGCCUGAAGCUGCAGGUCAGAGUGGGUGUGUUGAGGUGAUGCAGACAGGAAGACAAUCACAAACAAACUGAGGGCUGAGGAGAGGUGAGGAAAGUGGAGUUGAAGUGUGACGGCUCCCCCUGCUGGUCAGUCCAGGCUACUGCAGCUGCAGAGUCACUGCAGGUUCAGAGACGUCCCAGGAUAAAAUAAAUCUCCAGUCGUCUGCACUGUUUGACCUCUGAAUCAUCUCCUGUGGACACUUACAGUUACAGAAGAGAAGAAAAAGCUGCGUUUACCUGCAGUGUUUUCAAGAAAAAGAGUCUGGGAAUCGAACCACCAACCCUCCGAUUACAGGACUAGAGAAGCAGUCCUUAUUCUAGAGUUUCUUAUUCGACUGAGGUGUUUCUGAACCUUUGAGCUUCUCUGACGUAAAUAAAAAGCCAUCUGAUAGCAGUCGUGGUGGGGUGGGAGGUGAUCGUACGAUGUUUUCAGGGCGAGUUAUCGGGACGUUGGUCGUCUGGUUUCGAGGUUCGUCCAGUCGGCGCCGGCAGCCGACGACAUGACACAGGAGGUGUAAAGGAAGAAGAGUCGAUCGUGUCUGUCGUUGUUCUGAUGAAACCAGGAGGUGAGGAGGAUUUUAUCACUGCAGCCAUGUUGGAUGAAAAUGUUACAGUUUGCUCUCCGUUACAGUCUGAAUCUAAGAGGUUGGAUGUGAUUGUGAUGUUUGAUGAUCAGGUUUCCUCUGAUCAAUCAGAUCAAUACAUCAGCAGUUUAUAAUUCAACAAGCUCCUGCAUCCUGCAUCUUUUUGUUCCAUAAAUAUCACCUUUUUAAAUUUAACAUGCUAACUCACUUCCUGGUUUUAGGGUCAGUGCUGCAGCUCUCUGUUGACCCACAGUACUUUGCAGUUAAGGUGACAUCUAGUGGUCAUAGUGAUAAUAACAGGAACAAAAUAGGUGACGUAGAAAGUUGACGUUCGGAGGAGGUUGUGGUUUUCUUGAACAUAACCGAACUGACGUUAACGACUGAUUGGGAACGACUGAGUUGGAGUCACUUGUAAUAUCAGGGUUAUUUUCUCUGACUGGACCAGAACCAGAACCAGGACCAGGACCAGGAAUCUGAUUUUUAAUGAGUAAAAUCUUCUGGAGUGACUCGACUCUUCACCUUCUCUCCUUCCUUUCUUUUCUUUUCUUAGAAACACUGACUCUCGUUUUUAGUAAAUCCCUUUAAACAAGCAGAAGCUGCACUGGAAAAACCUUAUUUGACCAAACAUCUUUGCAGAGUUUUAUCUUCAGGACAGAGUUAGUCGAAGUGAAAUGAAGAAUUUCUGAACUGAAACGUGUCGGAUUAAAGACGUGGAUGGAAAAGAGCAAAAAAUCAGAUGUAGACGAGUGAAUGUGAAUGUGAAAGAGAUCAAAUCAGUGGGCAGCAGGAGAGAAAAUAUCUUUAAUUUCUGUCUUUUCUUAAUUUAAAAAGUAACUUUUAAAAGCAGAAUAAUUUUAUUUUUUCGCUCAUUUUUAUAAAAACAGGCGUCGCUCAGAAAGAUCAAAGAAUCAGACACAAAGUUUUAAAAAUCAUCCUUUCCUGUGUUUUCCUGUGUUUGUUUCAUCCUCUCCACCUGUGUGUGUCUGUGUUGUUGUUAUGCAAUAAACCUGUUGUGAGCUAACAUGCAGUUCCAGACUCUGCCAGUAGGGGGAGCUGUUGACCAGCGAGGUAGAGUGAGUGUGUGAGUGUGAGUGUGUGUGCAGAUUAGGGAUCAGUUAAAGGCCAUAUUUCAUAUUUUUUCAUAUUUUUUAUUGAUGUAUAUUAAUUUCUCUCAUGUUAUUAAUGUUAUUUGUUAGUUUUUUUUUGUUUUUGUUUGUUUUUAGGCUCCAGAGAAUAAACUGAGCGUCCCGCGUCCUCUGCUUUGUAUUUGAAUAAUAAUUUUUGUUUUUUGUCGUCACUCAGAUUUUUAUUUGAACUUUGUAAUAACCAGGGAAUGUCGAGUGUGUUGUACAUAUUAAUGUUUUCAAACCAGAGGUGCUUCUGAAGCUAACAGGAGAGAUUUUUAAAGAGACUGUACCUUCACAUUAUUUUCCAGAAAAUAAACAAAUGAAACCUGGA